UGCUGUGAGUGGCUCUAUAGUCUGUGUCCAGCUUCUCCUUCAGUAUAAUCUUCUAAUAUGGGACUUGAAGGAUACGAAUUAUCUGUCCCAGUUAUAAUAAGGCCUUUCUACCUUUUAUCAUUUGGAAAUUGUACUUGACUGUUUUUAGGUUAAACUUGUAUUGAUUAUGCUUUUGUAUCAGAAGGAAUAACUGGUUCUUCACUAUCAGAACAGGAAACAUCAGGUGGUAUAUGAGAACAGCAUAGAGAGAAGGAAUCGGCAUUCUCAUUAUUAGAUAGAUCCCUUAGUAGAGAUGUUAUCCUGUGAUAUGUUCCUGGUUUAGUUAUUAUUACUCUCAUUCCUGAAAAUAUCACUUAAUUUCUCCCUAUGUCAGUCUUAUCAUAUAUAAAUGAAGACAAUGGGACAGUUAGUCUCAGCCUAAACUUACAUUAGCUUUCAAAAAUAUUUAUGCCUAUGCUCCACUUUACAGUAAUUCGGUCAGAACUUGGGUGGAGUCAUGGCAACAGGAUUUUUUUAAAGUUCUCUUUGAGACUCUGAUAUGCAGUCCAGGUUGAGAACCACUAGAUUAGAUAGUAUUUGAAGUAUCUUCCCAAUGAUUCUGGUAUCAAGAAUACUAUUGUAAAAGUAUUUCCCUAGAAUUAGAAUCACAAUGUUUCAGACAAUCUUUUACUUUAGAAAUAGUGGAUGGAAUCAUUUUCCUCUUCUCUUAAAAUACUUUUUCCUUGAUGGAAAUGUAUAUAUUGGAGUACAAGAAUUUGACUUUAAGAAUUUUACUAAAGAAAUGCCCCAACUAUGAUUUUCAUAUUUGUUGGAAUGUUUACUUUUACUUUUAUGGGUUCAUUUUCUUAAGAUGAGUUUACUUAUGCUUGAUAAAAACCACUUUGUGGUUUUAUUCCAUUAAUUAGAGAAAUAAACCACAUGUCUUAUUGGAUCACUUUAAGAGAUUCCUCUUCUCUUCCUUGGACUUCUGUGAUGCGUUCAACUAGCAACAGGUUUUUGAUGUACCAACAUUCUACUGGCAAAUCGUUCAGGGCAGCCACUCAUAUUGGGCAAUUCAGGUUUCUUCUGGGAAUUGACAUUGGAUUUGGAAUUUUCUCUUGUACCUGAUAUGGUAAAAAUUUGUGAUUUUUGGUUUAUGCUAGAGGAAGCAUAGCAUACUGUAUCUUUAUAAUCUGAAGUAUUGAUAAAUCUUUUGAGUGUAUAAAAAUAGAAUAGGCAUGUACAAACCUAAAAUUGUUGUAUUUUUCUAGGGUUGGUUUUGAAAAACAAUAUUAUCACCAUCUGUAUAAAUUUAUUUUAAAUUAAUUUUUUCUGUUGCUUUCUUUAGUUGUUCAACCUAUCUAUUUUGAUGCCUGCUAUGAGAUGAUACAGAUGAAUCAGAACUAGAUUUUGUACUAGGACUAGUAAGGGAGAAACCAGGUACGUCUUGUCUCCAAGCAGUACAUAUUCAGCCGUCAGCUGCCUCUGAGGUCUGGCUAAGCAGUGAGGGGCUGCAGUGGACCCUCCCUGAAGACAUCGCUGUUGGUGCUGGGCAGACCUCAGCAUCCUUGCCCGACUGCCAUAUGCAAACACCCCUUGGAAGUACCUUGAGUCACCAUUUCUAGGCCCAUUUCAUUCUCCUUGUAUCUCUGGCAUGUCGGACCCUCAGGUUUUAAACCACUCAGAUCCAGGACAACUUACUACCAAGCAAAGCAAAGAGCCCCAGGAGGCUAUGCGAUCAGAAGUCAAGCAUCUGUCAUCUCACAUAUCUUGGAAAAAUAGGCCAGUGGCUAAUUUUGAUCCAUCUCUUAAAGUGAUUCCCACCAGGAACCUAGCCACAAACAACAAAAAGGCAGCUGACACAGGCCAUCCUGAUCUUGGUGGUUUGUUGGUGAAAAACAAGAAUCUUUUAGCUGAGGUCAGGAAUCUUCAAAACAAACUUCUCAUAAAAGAAACUUCAUUGCAAGAGAUGAAGUCUGAGCUAAAAAGUUACAAAGAAAAUAAUGCCCAACAAUCUUCCCAGAUAACGUCCCUCAAAGAUGAUAUCAAGGACUUAAAGGAACUUAAUGCUUCUCUAACAAGAAUUAAGACUUUGAAAAAUACCAAUAUUCAGAUUCUUGAAAGAGGCAACUGGGAUUUAACUGAACGAAUUAAGGAACUAGAAAACCAUGUAAGGGUACUUCUUGUUGAAAGAGAAAAAGCACAGCAUAAAUCAGACCUUUUGGAAACAAAGUUAGCAGGUGUUAACAGAUUCUCCUCUUGUAUGAAUCUGAAAGGACCAGAAGAUUCCAUUGAUAUGUUUACAAUGAAGGAUAGUUGUGAGAAUGUCCAAAUCAAGUCAUCAUCAGAGGAUAUCUGGACUCUUCCAUCACAUGGCAGUGCACAUGGUUGGUGUCUGCUGGUCCUUCUCUCCUGGGUUUCAUUGCUUCAACUUCUGACUUCUCCAUCUGUGACUUUUCUCUCUCAGCUUGAUAAGGAUGAAGCUAUCCUGGCCAAGAGCUUUGAGAAAGAUAACACUUUUCACCCCGAUGGACCCAAGGAUGGGCAUAAAUUGGGGGAUAAAUGUCAACAAGAUAUGCUCCAUAAGGAAAAACAAGUAUCUGAGUUAAAACGACCUCCAUAUUCAUUCAUCUGGGAAACUAAAACUGCACAAUCCCAAUAUCAGAACCUCCUCAGUCAGUUGGCUGCUCUUCUGAGCAAUAGUGUUGUCCCAGUGUCAGCCACAGAGGAAGCUGUGAAAGAGAGGAUUCAGGAAAUUGGUGCAAAUGAGCAAUCUUGGAAGUCUAUAACUGAAGGCCUUCAGCAGGAAAUUCAGAUGCUCACUAAGCAACUGGAACAGCUGCAUCAUCUUUAUGAAGAAGUUGUUCAAGAAUCAUCCCAAGCUGAAGAAAAAUAUAGGGAACGAAAAAAAUCCUUGAAACGUCUAGAGGGGAAAAUUGAUGUUAAUGACUUUUUUCAAGGUAGAUUAGACUUUGACAGGAACAAGCAAGCACUGGAUGCUGUCAUUCUUGUACCCAUAAGAGAAUUUCCCAGGGAUGUGUACUCAGGAUUGGAAUUGGUGACUCAUAAGGAAAACUGCAAGACUAAGAAUUCCCAUAUAAGUGAGCACGACAAGAAAUUCAAACAACUAGAAAAAGACAACAAGCAACACAUAUCCUUGAAUAUCCAGCAAAAUUUGCAGACCACUACAACUCAAAUAUUGGAGGAGAAAAUUCAGAAACUUCAGAAACAGCUUGAUGAUUUGAAAUUGUCAAAUAAAAAUAUGAAAACUCAACUGACAAAAGUGAAUUUUCUUAAAGACAAAACAAUUGAAAGGCUCAGACAAUCUUUAACAAAGGCUGAAACAAUUAAAGAGAAGGCAGUUAUGAAAACAGACAACUUGAAAACGACCGUAGACUCUGCAGAGCAAGAUGUAAGAUCGGACAAAGAAAGGGCCCACCAGAUGUCAGACACUGCCACCCGUGAGCCCUACACAGUAAAGAGCACAUUUCAUCACGUAUCAGGACAAGAACAAGAGCUUGUUGGCUUCCGAGAAACUAUUACAAAGAUGUUGGGGUUUAAUGUGAAAACUGCAGACCACGAAAUUAUCAAUCAGCUAUGUCUCAUUAUACAAGCUUACGAAGGAGCUAACAAACCAAAGAUUCCUUCUGAUAGUGAGAUUCAUCAGGAUAACAAAUAAAGAAAUUCUACCUUUUCAUCCUGCCAAUGGGAACUCAACAGAUAUGGACAUUUACUCCAGUAUCUUGAUUGUGGCUACAUUAUGAAUAAAAUGCAGUGGAAAAUUUUCACUUGAAUCUCUUCUCUCCUAUAAUGUUUGGCAUUUAACUCUUCUUUGUCAUAUUUUUUCUAUAGUUUUAUUUAUGGUUUAGUCUGGAUUGUUUCUUGUAAUAUAUAAUAGAUAUACAUUUGAUGAUCAUUUUAAGCUGGACGUUAGUCAGAACUUGUGUUUCUAGUUGGAAUAUUUAUAUCCAUUGUUAACAAUCUGUUUCUAGAAUGAACAGUUUAUUGGGUAUGCAAUCCCUCUUAGGGAUCCAGGUAAAAUUAUCUUCUAUAGCUUCUGCAAGUAUCUUAUCUGUUUAAUUGACUGAGAGUGUGGAAAUCAGAUAUGAAAUGUUCAGGGAUGGAAAAGUCAUUGAAAAUUCUUGUAAAUGUGCUAUAGACUGUACUGUGGUUUUUAUUUUCUUAAUCAGUGUUUAAUAGUGCCCACCAGUGUCUUCUCUAAUGGUAGGCUGAUCUCUAUGUCAACAGGUUACUUUAAAAAUGGUUUACUUUCUAAUUUAUUUCAUUUAAAAUAGAAAACUGCUCACUUUCCAAGGUAGUUUUAAUUUACCCAAGAAGUCUUCUGUGGGAAUAGGUCAGUAUCUGGACAGACCUGUGGGGACUCAGUUCCAGCUGUGGUCAUUUAAAAUGUCUCCUAUUCACCUUAGUUUUGCAGGGGUCCUCAGGGGAGGGAUCAGGUUACAAUGGACCUUAUAGAAGUAAGAAAAAAUUAGAGUCACUCACCUUUUAAAUGGUCACAAUCAUGGUUCACAACUGUGUGUGAGGUACCCUGAUGCUCUGGAGUGAUCUCUCAAAGACAUGCCAUGGAAUAUUUCAAAUUUUAGAGGGAAACACAAUGAUACUUGUCUUCUGUCCAGAAAGAGCUUGGACUACUAGCUCCAGGUGGUUUUUACUUUCAAUGUUAGAUUGCUCUUCAUUCCUUUCACUGACAUCUCUUUGUGAUAGAAAAUGCUGAAAGGCUCCCCAGGACUUGUAAAUUUGUCACUAAGAGAAAAGCCCAGCAGCUCACUACAAGGAAGUUGAGCUGCAAACUUAGGGAACGAAGGGACCCUUUCCCCAGAAUCCAGGAUCCCUGCUGCAAGUGAAAGAAGCUCACUCGCCUUUCCUCUCAAGAAUGCCUCUGCCUAGCAAAAGAAAAGUGGGGUCACCCACCUGCAGUUCAACCUGCUUAAACCGUAAGAACCACCUUCUUACUCAGGAUUCUCCCAGAGCCAUGGCCCAAGGGCCAGCUGCCUGCUGCAGCUUCAGUACACAGGAGCUGGGAGGACUGUGCUACCCCACGAGCCAGGCAGGCUGGCCCUCUUCCAGGACUCGCCUUCUCUGAGAAACUGCAAGCACUGUAUGUCACCUCCUUGGAAUCAAGCUCUCCAUGAAAGUCAAGGUGCCAAGGUGCAGCAGUCUCUGAAAGCACCACCUUAUGAGGACAUUAAAAGUCUUCCAUAAGAACAAAGGGGACUUAAUCUUGUUCCUUUUUGGGGUGGUGAAAAUGUUUUUGAACUAGAUAAAGGUGGUAGUUGCAGAACAUUGUGAAUGUACUAAUUACCCCUGAACUGUUUGCUG